AGGUUAUCGGACAGGAAGUCCCAUGACUAGAUGCAAUGUGUGUGUGUGUGGUGCGUGGAUUGAUAACGACACGUCUGAGCAGCAGCACAGAGUCUUAGAUACAAGUUUCCGACAGCUUUAUCAUAUUGCAUCGCAUUAAGCAGAAGAGCACGAAUCCUUCACGCAGAUCCACUGAUGACAUUUAAGCAGGUCGGUGGUACUAAGUGAAGGGCCGUGUAAAAGAGGAUUGUAGAGACAAACCCGCUGUGCAGUGUGUGUGGGAGCGUGUGUGUGUGUGGGGGGGUGAGUGAGUGAGUGUGUGGAAGGGGCUCUCAGUCAUGGGUGUGGUGGCGUGGCUGAAGAGCCUGUUCAUACUGCAGCUCUUGAUUGGCUUUGUGUUCGUGGUGAGCGGCCUCAUUAUCAACUUCACCCAGCUGUGUACCUGUGUGCUGUGGCCCAUCAACAAACAGCUGUACCGCAAGAUCAACACCAGACUCUCCUACUCGCUAUGGAGCCAGUUGGUGAUGCUGUUAGAGUGGUGGUCUGGCACCGAGUGCACACUCUACACCGAUCAGGCCACCGUGGAUAAGUUUGGUAAAGAGCAUGUCAUUAUCAUCCUUAAUCACAACUAUGAGAUCGACUUCCUGUGUGGCUGGACCAUGUGUGAGAGAUACGGCGUACUGGGGAGUUCUAAGGUUCUGGCUAAACACGAACUGCUGAAAGUUCCUCUGAUCGGCUGGACGUGGUACUUCUUGGAAAUAGUUUUCUGUAAGCGGAAGUGGGAGGAGGACAGAGAUACUGUCUUCAGUGGGCUGAACCGGCUCCGAGAUUACCCAGAAUAUAUGUGGUUCCUGCUGUACUGUGAAGGAACAAGAUUUACGGAAAAGAAACAUGAGAUAAGCAUGCAGGUGGCUGAGAGUAAGGGCCUUCCAAAACUGAAGUACCACCUGCUGCCCCGCACCAAAGGAUUCACCACUACACUGCAAUGCCUCAAGGGAACAGUGAAAGCUGUAUAUGAUGUCACACUGAACUUCAAAGACAAGCAGAACCCAACCCUGCUGGGCAUCGUUAACGGGAAGAAAUACAAAGCAGACAUGAGCAUCAGGCGCUUCCCUGUGGAGGAGAUUCCUGAUGAUGAGAAGGAGUGUGCUGACUGGUUGCAUAAGCUCUACCAAGAGAAGGAUGCAUUACAAGAACACUAUGAGAAGGAGGGCUGUUUCCCUGGCCCCACCAUCAAACCCAAACGUCGAGUCUGGACACUGCUGAACUUCCUGUUUUGGGCUACUCUCCUGCUUUCUCCGCUUAUUAAUUUUGCCUGGGACGUCUUUGUCAGUGGCUCUCCCCUCCUCAUCAUUGGCUUUAUGAUCUUCCUCAUUGUCGCUUCUGUAGCAGUUCGUCGGCUCAUCGGUGUAACCGAAGUGAAGAAGACAGGAUCCAGCUACGGCAACAUAGAGGCCAAGAAGGAGAACUGAACAUUUUCACCGUGUCAACACCGUGUGGCCACUGUAACGCUCACCCUGCAGUCCAGCCUCAGGCACAGAGCUGCCCUGUGUGCAGUUAUCAUUCUUUUUACAAAAAAAAAGUCAUUAAAAAAAAACGAAUUAAAUAAUAAAAUCUCAGCAUUGGGAGGUGUAUAGGGAUAUAACUAUAGAUUUAACUUAAUACGCUAGUCUAUAAAACAUUAUGAUUGUUUUUAUGAACCAACUAAAUGGGAAAUAGAGGAGAAGAAACACUCGUCAGCUGUGGAUUGAUGAUGAAAUGCUCGUCUUCUCCAGCGGAGAAAGAUGAGAUGAACUAGAGACUAACCACUGGUACUAAUCAACCUAUCAGUGACUUAUCACUCCUGUUUAGCCCCGCCCUUUAACAUCAUAAGACCCGCCCAUUUCCCAAACAAGCCCACUUGUUGUCAUAGUUCUUCAUUCAUAUUUAUCAUCUCUGGAAGUGGUUUGUAACACUUCCUUCUCUGCAUUUACAAAAUUAGUAGCAGUUUCUUCACAACAUUCCUCUCUGGAUCUUCACCCAAAGCCACACCGAGUCACUCAAACUGAUUUUCUGCGAUCAGAAUUUCACAUCACGGGCCGGCAAAGCAUGCUGCAGUUGAGGAAGACAAACAGCGCAGCCGAUCAGCAAUGAUGGUCACGACGGCCCCCACCCAACAAAUGAACUGUUGUAGAUCUUUGGUCUGUUGCAAAAACUUGGUCUGUUGAAAACUGUUCAGUGUGGCCAACUUGACCGUAAUUGAAAUGGAUUGAGCAGGAUUACUAAGGAAAAGCAUGUCUUCUGUAACUUUACUCCCAUUUUUGAGACCUUUUCGCAAUGGUGUCUUAACCCACUAUGUCACCAUUGUGUUACUGGCUAUGCUGAAUAAGCGAUAUGUGUUUUCUACCAAUUCACUUAGAGCAUCUCUUUAGUUAGUCUGCAGUUUUGUCAACAAAUUAAAAGCCCAUGGACCAUGAUUCAGUUGCCCAACCUCUCUAGCCAUGUGUAACUAAUGAAAUAAAGGGGUUGAAGAGUGAGAUUCUGAGAGUAGCUGAAUGACCAAGAACUAAACUCUCAGUUUCAUUCAAUAAAGAAAGAUUGUGAAACCUGUUUACUGUGAACUGAAGACACUAAUGGUUUGUAAAUAAACUCUAGAAGAUUC